AUGCACACUUUUGUCUCAGCAAGUUUUGUUAUCAAGUUUGUCGACGUCAAACUAAGAAAUGAUGAUGGUUCUUCAACCUCCCUAUGGCCCCCGAACCAAAUCAACACGGCGGUGCAGACGUACGCCCAGUUUGGUUUCGCACGCAUGCUCAACAAUGGCAUCUUUAGCGACAUCCUUGUGAUUGCUGAUGGUGGUAGCCUCAAGGCCCAUCGUGCCGUCCUGGCUGCCCGGUCGCCAGUGUUCAUGUGCAUGUUCUCGAUUGACCUCGAGGAGAAGGAGCAGUGCAUAGUGGACAUCUCGGACAUGUCGCUUGAGGCAUGCCGGGCCUUUAUACGUUACAUCUACGGCAGCAUCCACCGGAGCGAGCUCCUCUCUGCCGGUGACAAGUACGACAUCGUCGAACUCAAGAAUAAUAUGUGCGAGAUAAGCAUGGUUGACGACGCUGACAAUGACAACGUGCUGGAGAGGCUACAAAUGGCUCAUCUAUAUGGUUUGUCGACGCUCAAGAAGACAUGUAUGUGGCUGCUCGUGGAGUUCUUUAAGAUAUACGACGCCCCGGAGGAUUUCCGUGAGUUCGUGCAUACAGGUGACCCGGAUCUCGUAGCUGAGGUCAUGCAAAGUUGCAAGGGACAAGGUUAUCGACUACGAUGUUGGCUGCAAUGCCACUACCUAGAUUGGAUCCACCCAGUUCCGAAGAAAGAAGAAGAUCACACAUAG